AGCAGCUGUCAGCAGAGGACCGUAUGGCAAGGAGAGCUCCCUGAGAUUCUAUACUCAACCAAGAUUGCUUUGCUGCUGUUUGCUGUUUUUGCCUUGCUUUGGUUUUUAAAGUUUCAAAGGAUAGGCAGGUGACAUUCACCUUGGCACCACCAUCUGCAACCAUGCUUCACCCUCCCUCUCCACUGAAAACCGCACUGGCAUAUGAGUGCUUCCAAGAUCAGGCCAAUUCAACUUUAGCUUUGCCUUCGGAUCACAAGUUGAAAACUAGAGGAACAGGAAAACAAAGGGUCCAGGAACAGGUGAUGAUGACCGUGAAACGGCAGAAGCAAAAGUCCUCCCUUUCAUCAGCAUCAAAUGCGGCAGGUCACUCCAACAAAGGUUCCAUAUAUGAUGGUCUGUCUGAUGGUUACAACUAUGGAACAGCCCGCGGUAGCUACUAUGCCAAAGCCCACACGGGAACCAACAACUGGGGCCAAGCGAUGUACAAUGGAACUCUCAAAAGAAACGCAGCUGAGAACAAACGCUACAGCUCCUACAGCCAAAUGGACAGUUGGGGUAGCAGGCAUUAUAACAAGGUCUGCAGCCCUACAGGUCCUGGCAGUGACUACUGCUUUGUGCAGAACAUGAAGAGUAGUCGGAGUGAGCCAGACCUCUACUAUGACCCUCCCCAAGGCACGCUAAGGAGAAAUCAGAGGGGAAGCCGGGUGAGUCACAAGGCCAGUCUGCAUCGUCACAGCCUCUACAACAGCACAUGCAACAAUCAGGAAGGAAUUACAACCAUCACAAGGCCAAACAAGAGAGUUCCAAUCCGCAGCUCCUCUUGUACUAACAAGCAAGAUGCGGUCUAUGCCCAGCCUGUAGCCAGCAAGCCUGAUGCAGUCUAUGGACAAGCUCGCUCCAGCUCCAAAAUGUGCCAUGAUGAAGUGGAUUAUGGAGCAAUGACCAUCCAGAAAGCCAUUCAACUCCUGUGUUCCUCAGAUGAGAAGAACCAGGCCAUGGGUGCUUUCUACCUCCAGCACACCUGUUUUCAAGAUGAAUCUGCCAAGCAAGAGGUUUACCGACUUGGUGGCAUUGCCAAGCUGAUUGAACUUCUCCGCAGCACAGAUGAGAAUGUGCAGCAGGCUUCAGCUGGAGCUCUUCGAAACUUAGUCUUCAGAAACCCAACUAACAAAUUAGAAACCCGCCGGCAGAAUGGAAUUCGAGAGUGUGUGAAUCUCCUAAGGAGGACUGGGAACACUGAAAUACAGAAGCAGUUGACAGGAUUGCUCUGGAACCUGUCCUCCACUGAUGAACUGAAAGAAGAUCUGAUACAUGAUGCUCUUCCAGUUCUGACUGAUCGUGUUAUUAUACCUUUUUCUGGAUGGUGUGAUGGUAUUAGUAAUAGAUCAAGAGAAAUGGUCGACCCGGAGGUUUUCUUCAAUGCCACUGGCUGUUUAAGGAACCUGAGUUCUGCAGAUGCUGGACGUCAAACCAUGAGAAACUAUCCAGGACUGAUCGACUCUGUGAUGGCUUAUACCCAGAAUUGUGUGGCAGCUAACCGGCCGGAUGAUAAGUCCGUGGAGAACUGUAUUUGUAUCCUACACAAUUUGUCCUACCGUCUGGAUGCUGAAGUGCCGAAUAAAUACACCCAUCUUAACCACUUGGCCAGGAGCACUUACACGGACAAAAGCUUGACAGGCUGCUUCAACAACAGAGGAAAGCUGGAGUAUAAUGAAUACAAUUUACCUCUUCCUGAAGAGGACUAUAAACCUAAAGGUUCCAGCUGGCUGUAUCAUUCAGAUGCCAUCCGCACCUAUCUGUCUUUAAUGGAGCAUAGCAAAAAAGAUGCUACCCUGGAGGCAUGUGCUGGAGCUCUGCAAAAUCUGACUGCAAGCAGAGGAAUGAUGUCAAAUGCAAUGAGCCAACUAAUUGCCUUAAAGGAAAAAGGACUGCCCCGCAUUGCACGGCUCCUGCAGUCCAAUAAUGCUGAAGUUGUCCGCUCUGGAACUUCUUUACUGAGCAACAUGUCUCGACAUCCUAUUCUCCACAAAACCAUGGCUCAUCAGGUGCUUCCAGAUGUGACUCGCCUUCUAGCCCUCCAGGCUCCAGGCUCUAGCAACUAUGGCGACAUUAUGACAUCAGCUUGCUAUGCUCUGAGGAACCUAAUCAUGUCUAACCCACAGAUGGCCAAGCCCUAUUUGACUGGCAGUUUGAUAAAUAAUGUAGUAGGCCUAUGCCGAAAUGGAUCUUAUCCAAAAGCAGCUGAAGCAGCUCGACUGCUGCUAUCUGACCUCUGGUCAAACAGGGAACUCCAAUCUACGCUAAAGCAGCAAGGAUAUGAUAAGAAUAUGAUGGGAUCUUUAACAGGAAGCACUUUCAGGACUCUGACUUCCAGAUUCUAAGAAGAGACUUUGCAUGUUGGGAUUGCAGAGCAUGUAACUGGUUCCUGUCUGGAGUCUUCAAUCCUCAAGGAAUUAGUUAGGAUGUUAAAAGACAUACAGUAUUUUGAAAGUUCAACUAAGUUGUAAAAUUAGGGAUGAAAAUUGUAUUGUCUGACUAUAAGUAUCUUAUAAUGUUUUAAUGGAUAUUUUAAAUAUAUUUUUCUCUUUUGUCAAAUUGGGAGGCUGGUUGUUAAUGAUACAUGAUAGCCAACAUGAUUCUUAUCAAAAAUUGGGAUUUAUAGUUUAUCUAUAAAUAUCUAUAACAACUUAGGCAUCUACUUCUCUAACCAAUAUCAAGUCAAUAUAUUAGGAAAUGCUAAGGAAAUAGUGCCUAACUGCAGCUUAAUUCAUAAAAAAGCAUAAUUUCUUUCUAUAACUAUGUACAUUUUUAGUUAUCAUAUGGAUAGACAGGCCAUUCCCAAUCUUGGAUCUCUAGAUAUUGUUGGAUGACUAUUUUCAUCAUCCAAGAUCUGGAUAGUUGCUUUGAAUGAUGGGGACCCAUGGAGAAAAUUGGCAUAGAGAGAGAAGUAGUAUUCUAGUUAUUGUCAAAAAAAAUCAUUCAUGUACACUCUCUCUCUCUCUCUUUCCAAUGUAUGCUACCUGGGAAUAUCUUCCAUAGAGUUCAGUAGGGCUUACUGCAGUAUAAAUGUCUAUAGAGUGGCAGCCUAAGGCCAUUAUCCUAGCUCCGUAUGCCUGGCAGUAUAGCUCAUUGCUGAACAGCAGAUAGCUUUUUCAUUCACUUCCAUUUCACCUAAUUUCUAUAAAAUUAGUAACACUUAAAAUGUUUAUUUCAUUUUCAACGGUCAUUACACAUAGAUAUUUAGUGUCAUAUUACUGCUUUAUAUUGCUGAAUUUCCAUUCCCCCAAUCUUCUACAUUAUGGUACCUCCAUAAGUAUUGUCAUUACAACCCCCAGAAUUCCUGAGAACUGUGGUCCCCAAACUUCUAGAGAACACCAGGUAGAGGAAGUCUGUCCAAAUUUUAUCUUCAUGGGUUCCUUCUACAUUCAUUCAUUUCUCUGCUUUGCUUUCAUAUUUCUGAUUAUUGCUAGGCUUUUUCCCCUGUAGAUUACUUAGAUGCCAAGAAGCAAAUUCACAUUAAAGAAGUUUCUCCUAAAGAGGUUCUUAAACUUUGUUUUUGUACUAUAUAUGAAUAGAGUUCCUUCCUACAGAUUUUGAAGAAAACUGGAACUCUCAAGAUAAUACCUUAUUAAAAUUAUCCGCAACUUCUGUAUGACUCUCAAAUAGCAUGUUUCACAAAAGUCUAUAACUUUGCUUUUUUAAAAAUAAACUUAUCAGCUGAAUGUGCCUGUCACCUUUAUAAGCUCAGAAAGAAGAUAAGCAGAUAACCUCAUCUUUUCAGUGUCUUAAAUAAAUAGGAGCAUAAUGAAAUUAUAUUAUUAACAAGUUAUUAAACCAAUGGAGCUUUUUGGUGUUGGACAAGACUUUGCUACAUUACAAAAUUUCCAUUAGUUCAUCUUGACCAGUGAACAGUGGGUAUGGAAGGAACAUGGUAGCAUUGUUUUUUAUUUUUUUUUAAUAAUCCAACCAUUAGGAAUGUCCUGUGUUCUCCAGAUAAUGUCAGUCUUUGGUCUUCAUGAAGACAUUCCAUAAGAGAUUCUGCACUUUUUCCAGUGGGGUGCUGUUAUUGUCCUAUGCCUUGUUGUAGAAAAGCUUUAUUCAGAAAUGAAUGUCAGAACAUUAAAAGAGCCCUACUUAGCUCAGUUUGCUAUUCUCACAGUGGCCUAUCAGAUAUUGAUAGGAAUCCCACAAGCAGGACACAAAUCCAAGAUUGCCAUUUUAUUAAUAUUCUUCAGCAGCUGGCAUAUAAAAGUACUGUGAUAUUUCAAGUAACACAUAUGACUAGCUGUUGUUCAUAGCCUUUUAUAUUUUAUCCUCCAUGAAUUCAUUUAAUCUCCUUUCAGAGCUAUUGAACUCACAAUCAUUACACUGAAUCUUGAGAUAGCAAAUUCUAUAGUUUGCCUGUAUGCUGCUUUCUUUUAUUUCUCGGGAUUUUCCACAUUUCAGCCUGAAUGAAUAAAAGUAAUUUUCCUUAUGAAAGCAACUUUCCAAAAACAGAUGAGAAAGAUGUUGGAAUUCAGCGUACUUCAACCCAGGAAAAUAAAGUAAAUUAAAGAAAUUCAGAGCAUUUUCUGCUAAGUUACUUCUAGAAAAGCCUCUUCAGAGGAAAAGGGGGUUCUACUGAACAAUACAGGAUGGAGCAAAGGAAUUGUUGGAGUGGUGAGCAUUGUCCAAAUUUGGAAAAUCUAAGGAAAUUUGUCCUGAAUAAAGAAGAAUGGAGCAAGCAAGGAAUCAGGGAUUUGAGAAAGUACACAGCAAUGAAGCUCAGGAGAGGAAGAUCAGGUGAGGCGGAGGCUGCUAAGUUGAGAGGGAGGAAACUGAGAUGGGAAUAAAGAUGGAGAAAUAAUGAGUGCCCUGGAACUACAGAGAUGAAGAAUGAGAAAAAUUACAUGUUGGUUUGAAAUAACCAUUUAAAUCUUUUGACAGCAGAUAUCCAUGUUGUCUGUAUUCACAGUUUUAAUGAGAUCAGUCAUCAGUAAUUAGUCACAUUGAUACAAACAACCAGCAUCAGAUUUAGAGACCCAGGGCAAAAUGGUUCCUUAGGGGUCAUGGAGUGAUUAUGACUACAGCAACAGCGCUUGAAAUAAUAACUACCCAAAUGUCAUAUGUAGUGUUGCUUUAGCACAUUCUGAGAAAUGUAAAUGGCGGUGGUAGUGAGGGUGGUUUCAAAGCACAGUGAGGAAGGCCUGGAGCAGGUUUGUGGCAAUGCUGGCUUUGGUAAGGAAUGACAGUACUUCAUGUCAAUAAUAAUAGGCCUGUUGACAUUUUCUUACAUAUAACUAUAUAGUUAGGUAUCCACACAUCAGAUUGUUCAGGAUGAUAGAAUCAUUAAGAAUAAUGUUGGAAUGUAAAACUGAUCUGUAACUCAUUGAAUUAAUAGCAGACUGAUUCUUUUAGUUAAUAAUGAAAUUAGCAGGAACUACCAAGUAUCCAUUGCUACUUCUAGGACAAAUUUUAUAAUUGCUUAAUUCAUAUGAUAAGGCCAUUAUAUCACCAACUGCAGUAUUUAGGACAGUCUUCCAUGAUGGCUUUGAAUCAUGUAAAUUGUAGUUAAAAGAAUCUGGAGAGUAUCAGGAAGAGGAUUUAGAAAAUGAUGGGUUUUGAAGAGAUAUACCUAAGCAAUUAUAUCACAGGCUCUGUUUCACUCAUACCACUGAGCUUUUUUCUUCCACCUCUGUAUCCAGUUAAAAAUAUGAAUCUGCUGUGUAUAUAAUUUGUGAUUGGGGAGAAUUAUUUAGGGAACAGAUUGAACAUCCCCUUUGGCCUGGCUACAUAAAAACCAAAUGUAAGAAGCAAUAUUGGCAUAGGAUCUGAUGAACUGUAAAUAAAUGCUAGUGCUUAUUACAGUCUCAACAUUCAAAAAGCACCUAUUUUUCUCCACAGGGCUUGCUUUGUUUUAAGCCUUGUAAAAAGCCAAUGAAAUGAUGUAUUGAAUUCCCAGUCCAUCAUUUCAGAAAACUUGCAUACACAAUCAAAACUUUUGCUAGCAUUAUUUCUCUGUUGUAUCAUUUGUGGCCUUUUGUAAACAUCUAUGCAAAGCUGCGUGAAGUAUUCUAUAAGAUGUAUGUGCAAGAAUCCAUGUUACCCUUGUUGUUUUUCCUGUACAAUAUGUGUAUUUGCUUCAUUGGAACAUUUGAAAUCAAUAAAGUA